UUCGACAGAAGGUGUGUGGCGUUCACUUAGAGAGGGCUGUUGUCUUUUUCCGGGAGAAGGGAGCGGGGGUUCGGGGGUUUUUUCCCGCGUUCCUCGUGCGGCCCCUUCUCCCGUCAUAAGGGGUUGCUCUCGUGUGAGCCGCGUGCCGAGUCGGGCAAAGGCGCAGCAUGUCUGACAACGAGGAUAAUUUUGAUGGCGAUGAUUUUGAUGAUGUGGAGGAAGAUGAAGGAUUGGAUGAUCUGGAAAAUGCAGAAGAGGAGGGUCAGGAAAAUGUGGAAAUCCUACCAUCUGGAGAGCGGCAGCAAGCAAAUCAAAAGCGGAUCACUACUCCUUACAUGACCAAAUAUGAGCGAGCCAGAGUUCUUGGUACCCGUGCCCUCCAAAUAGCCAUGUGUGCCCCAGUGAUGGUAGAGUUGGAAGGAGAGACUGACCCUUUGCUGAUUGCAAUGAAGGAACUUAAAGCACGGAAGAUUCCCAUAAUUAUCCGCAGGUACCUGCCAGAUGGAAGCUAUGAAGACUGGGGUGUUGAUGAAUUAAUUAUCACAGAUUGAGUGGCCUCCCUUCUGUGUUCCACCAUCUUUACAGCAGCUUUUAAUUAUUUUGUGUAAAUAAAUACUAAAACGGCA